AAUGCGACUCGCAAAAGAACGCAACACGUUAUUUUAUGCAACCUCGCGGCCAAGCAGCGUGCGCUUCGCUUUCGAGUGAACCGUGAGCCACCUUUGGUAACAGGCGACACGGCGCUGCGCCGCGUUCACGCCUCCAGAUUUUGGGCUGUCCUCAUUGGCAUUGACGCGUACAUGUCCUCCCCACUGCGCGGUUGCGUGUCAGACGCGUUGUUCAUGGAGAAUUACCUUACAAAGUGCCUUGGCGUGCCAAAGGGACGGAUUCAACGCCUUAUCGGUACCCAGCCAUAUACCUACCCAGCAGGUCCCUCUAUUCCUUCCCGUGCCAACAUUAUUCGGACCCUUCUCAGUGUCAUGACCAACCCACAGAUCGACUACGGCGAUAACAUCAUAAUUUAUUACUCUGGCCACGGCUCGCGCUAUUCCUGUUCAGAGUGCUCCCACAAUUGCGACUCGAACUCUGAUGAUGGACAAGUCUCUGUUGCAGGGAGUGGAUCCAUAGAGGCCCUCUGUCCAAUGGACCGUAACACUCGAGACACCAACGGCACCGUUAUUCCUGACAUCAGCGAUCGCGAGAUCAAUGCAAUUCUUUUCCAAAUUUGUCGCAUCAAGGGAAAUCGAAUCACCUUGAUCCUAGAUUGUUGUCACUCCGGUGGCAUAACUCAGGACUUAUCCGGGCCAGGAGUUCGCACUGUCCUCCCACUCGCGUCACUCGAGGACAUGCUCAUCGCCGCGGACGAGAGUUUGAAGUGCUUCCCUCGUUAUAAGUCCGUGUCGCCGAGGACUGGCUCCCGGAUAUGGAUUCUCAUGUAGUGAUGGCAGCGUGUAGGGAUUACGAGUUUGCAAAGGAGAAACGCGGGAAGGACGGGUUCAAUGGGAUUUUCACACAG